AUGGCGGCGGGGGGCGCGCGUCCCGGGGUGGUGCUGGGCGCCAUGGAGGUGGGGCGGCGCGCCGGGCCCGAGGCGAGCGCCGCGCUCCUCCGCGCCUUCCUGCGGCGCGGAUACCGCCUCCUCGACACGGCUUACAUGUACGCGGGCGGCGAGUCCGAGCGCAUCCUGGGCACGCUGCUGGCUGGCGGCACGGAGCCCGUGGAAAUCGCCACCAAGGCCAAUCCCUGGGAUGGGAAGACACUGAAGCCCGAGAGUGUGCGAUCACAGCUGGACACGUCCCUGGAGAGGCUGAAGAGGACAAGUGUGGAGCUCUUCUACCUCCAUGCUCCUGACCAUGGGACACCGGUGGAGGAGACGCUGCGUGCCUGCAAUGAGCUGCACAAAGAAGGAAAGUUUAAAGAACUCGGUCUAUCCAACUACGCAGCGUGGGAGGUGGCAGAAAUCUGCACCAUCUGCAAAUACAACAACUGGGUGAUGCCAACUGUGUACCAGGGCAUGUACAACGCGACCACUCGCCAGGUGGAAGCCGAGCUGUUCCCUUGCCUGCGAUACUACGGCCUGCGGUUCUACGCCUACAACCCACUGGCAGGAGGGCUGCUGACCGGCAAGUACAAGUAUGAGGACAAAGACACACGCCAGCCCACUGGAAGAUUUUUUGGGAAUGACUGGGCUCAAGCCUACAGGGACAGGUACUGGAAAAAGCACAAUUUUGAAGGAAUUGCCCUAGUAGAAAGAGCUCUGAAAGAUGCUUACGGUACCAAUGCACCGAGCCUGACCUCCGCUGCUUUGCGUUGGUUGUACAAUCAUUCCAAACUGCAGGGUUCUCUUGGAGACGCAGUGAUCAUUGGGAUGUCCAACUUGGAGCAGCUAGAGCAGAACCUUGACUACAGUGAAGAGGGUCCCCUGCUACCGCCUGUGGUGGAGGCCUUUGAUAAAGCUUGGAACCUGACUGCGCACGACUGCCCCAACUAUUUCCGCUAGAGACGAGGAAGCUUUGUAGGAUCCACUACUGCUGUCAGCGCCUGUCGUGUUGGGCCAUGCCUUAUUCUUUCUCCCCUCAUGGACCUUCAGCUCCGCUCAGCACACGCUGUGAUUUAAAGAUGCAGUUGAUUGGGGCAAAUGGACACAUAACUGGAUGAAGGCCCCAGUUUUGCUUGAAUACGAUCUUAAAUAAUUAUGUACAAGAAUAAAA